AUGAAACUAGGACAUCUCUACAGAACUGAGCAGAGCAUGUCAGAGCUAGAGAGUGCCAUGAUCGCCAUCAUCCAUGUGUUCCAUAAAUACUCGGGCCACAAGUGCAAGCUGAAGAAGGCAGAGCUCAAAGAUCUUAUCAAUAACGAGAUGAGUCACUUCAUAAUUAAUAUCCAAGAGAAAGAGACUCUGGAUGAGCUGUUUGCAGACCUGGACCAGAACGGAGACCUGGAGAUCGACUUCCAAGAGUUUAUCGCUCUGAUCGCCAUGAUGACGUCAACGUGCCAUGAUCUCUUCAGCACGGAUCACCGCCGUUAGUGACACAAUGUAAAGGGGAAGACUUGAGCGAGUGUCUGUGUGUGA